AUGGGAGUGGACAAAAAUGUAAACCUUAGACCAAAUGGCCUGGGCGUCAGACACGCACAGACGUUCCUGUUGUUCCUCGCUAUGUUGUUCGCAUUCUGCAUGCGCGUCAACAUCAGCAUGGCUAUAGUGGACAUGACGAACGAAAAGCAUGAGGAGUAUUUCGAAUGGUCGCACAGCAAGCAGUCGAUGAUAUUGUCCUCGUUCUUUUGGGGCUAUGUGAUACUCCAAAUACCAGCCGGAGUAUUGGCGAGACGCAUCGGUGGGAAAAUUUUGAUGACCACAGCCGUUUUCGGAAAUUCCCUGCUUUCUCUUCUAAUCCCGUCUGCUGCUAAAUAUGGUGGCUGGCAGAUGGUUUGCGCAUGCAGAGUUCUUCAGGGUCUCACCCAGGGUUUUGUGUACCCUACCAUGCAUCAUCUUGUUAGUCAAUGGAUUCCCUUAGAGGAGAAUGGACUUCUUAGCACAAUUAUCUAUGCCGGUGGACAGCUUGGAAUCGCCUUUCAACUGAUUAUAUCAGGCUUUAUUGCGUCAUCUUGGGGUUGGCAAUCGAUAUUCUACACCAAUGCAGCACUAGGAUUCAUCUGGACGAUCGCUUAUCUUACUUUUGGAUCUGCAUCACCUGAGCAAUCAAAGAUUAUCUCGAAAGAUGAGCUUAAGUACAUUCAGAAAUCAUUGGGACGGGUCGACAAUCAAGAGCACCAUGCCGCGCCCUGGUCAAAGAUAGUCACAUGCUUGCCCCUUUGGGCGGCGGUAGCUGCUCACUGCGGCCAGAACUGGGGCUUCUUUACACUCAUGACCGAAAUGCCAACAUACAUGGCGAAAGUGUUGAAAGUAAAUUUGAAAGAUAAUGGGGUAUUGUCAUCAUUGCCAUAUUUGGCAAUGUACUUACUCAGCUUUCCGAUGGGCGCCAUGACUGAUGUGAUAAUAGGUAAAGGAUGGCUAAGCACAAGUAAUACAAGGAGACUUUUCAAUACAAUCGGAUUAUGGGGCCCUGCUAUCGCUCUGAUAGGGCUUUCGUACACACCCAAAGGAAAUAUAUUUUUGGCUGUCGCAAUGCUGACGCUAAGCGUCGGUAUAAAUGCUGGUCAAUACACUGGCUACAUGUUAGUCAUUAUUGACUUGGCUCCAAACUUCAGUGGCUCAAUGAUGGGGAUCUCUAACUUCUAUGCAAAUAUCAUAUCGAUAAUCGCUCCUCUAGUGUGUGGUUUUAUCGUUCAAGAAGAGACAGAUCCAGCGGAGUGGAGAAAAGUAUUCUUUCUCGCCUCUGGCGUGUAUUUCUUCACCAAUCUUUUCUUUUUAAUAUUUAUGACUUCAACGAGGCAGGCGUGGAAUGAUCAUAAGAAAGAAAAUGAUAUCGAAAUGAAA